AGGAAGCAGAACCAGUAAACCAGAAAAUUGAUAGGUGGUAAAAAUGUCCUGUAAUGCCUUCUAAACCCUUUGUGCUUCCAGCCUGUGGCACAACAGAAUGGUCUGGUGUUAGCAUCUACCUUAGGAUACUGCAGGAGCACACUGAAGGACACGGCAGAAGAAGGCCAGAAUAAGGAAACAAGACUAUAAUUCAGCUUGCCACUCUGUGGAUAAUAUCAGGAUAGAAUUUCUCCCUGGGCCAGUUGGUGCUGAGCCUCAGUCUUGACACAGGCAUUCAACUUUAUUUUAAGAGUCUGGAAAAAAACUGCAACAAGAGACAAUUAAUCAGCUAUGGUCAUCUACCACCACCAGCCAGCCAGAUGUAGCACACACACUGCCUUUCAAUACCUGUUUUUAACUACCUUUGCAACUCCAAGGGAAACUUCCAUGGCAAUGUACCAGCCAUUUAUGCCUUUGGAAAAUAUCACUAUCCAUUCCUAUUCUUAGAGCAAGUUAAAGCCAGCAUUUACUGCAAGGACACUGUCCCUCAUGGCGACCAUAAAAACAUAUUUUAGCCAACAUAAGUGGGAUAAGUAAAGUCUCAGAGAGAAGGGGAAGAGGACUUCACACUCCAGCCUCUGGGGAUGCCGAGGAAAGCAGCGUGGAGGAGAAGUGCUCCUGUGGGCCUCAGUAACCAUGGGAUGGCUGUCUCAAGCAGCAGGCCCUGGCGGGGCAGGGCUGACCCUUUCGCUGUGGUGGCUGCCCCCUCGGGGAGCUGGCUCCCUGAGCAGCAGAAGACGAGUGAGUCCCCUCUGAGCUGGUUCAGAGGGGUGUAUUUACCUCCUGCUCUGCACCCAUUAAACAAGACAUUUGUCAAGGGUGGUGAGUGGCAGGACAUAGACAGCACCCAGGAAAAGCGCAGGGCCUUCCUGCAGGACUUCUGCAGGAAAUACAACAGCAGAAAGAAGCUGCAAACCCACCUGGUGCACCUCGUGUCAAGGAUUUAUGUAGAGGACAGGCACAAGGUUCUGUACUGUGAAGUGCCAAAAGCAGGCUGCUCCAACUGGAAAAGGGUCCUCAUGGUGCUCAGUGGACUCGCUGCUUCAGCAAACAACAUCUCCCAUGAUGAUGUGCACUAUGGAAAGCACCUGAGGAAACUGGACAGUUAUGACCUAAAAGGGAUCUACACACGCUUGAACAUGUACACCAAGUUCAUAUUUGUACGUGAUCCUAUGGAAAGACUGGUAUCUGCCUUCAGGGAUAAGUUUGAGCAUCCAAACAGCUAUUACCAUCCGGUGUUUGGGAAGGCAAUAAUUAAAAAGUAUAGACAGAAUGCAGAUGAAGAAGCACUGAAAACAGGAUCGGGACUUAAGUUCAAGGAGUUUAUCCAAUAUUUGUUGGAUUCCCACCGACCAAUAGGAAUGGACAUUCACUGGGAGCAAGUCAGUAAGCUCUGCUAUCCCUGCCUCAUCAACUAUGACUUUAUAGGAAAGUUUGAAACCCUGGAAGAAGAUGCCAAUUACUUUCUGCAGCUGGUUGGUGCUCCAGCCAAUCUGAAGUUCCCUAAAUUCAAGGACAGACAUUCCUCUGAUGAGAGAACAAGUACAGAAGUAGUGAGGCAAUAUUUAAAGGAGUUGUCUAAGGAGGAGAGACAGCUGACCUAUGACUUCUAUUACUUGGAUUACUUAAUGUUCAAUUAUACAUCACCACUUGUAUAGCACUAGAAUAGCUUCAGGCUUAUACUAGAUACUUAUCAUGUUGGGAUUCAAAACAACUACUUUGAUAUUAGCCCUGAAAGGAAACGAAGUUACUGCUAAGUAGAGUUGUCUUGAAUUAGUGGAGAUUUUAUAAGCUAGAGUGAUAUCAUUUGAUACUAAAUUAUGGAGAAUUCAAAGGAAAAAAAGACCUGUAAACAGCAUAAAUUGCACUAAAAUGCCUGAAAAAGCUGUUUUUACCAUUAUGGAUUAUUCUAUGGAAGCAGUAGCUCAGACAGCUGUUGCAUUAGCUUACCUAAUGUUCUUUUAAUGGUUUAAGAAAAAAAAUUCAG